AUUGGCUAAUAAUUCACCCUUGACCUUAUUCAACCAAUCAGAUGAAAGAAGAGACUUAGAACAAAGCUUCACCGAGUCGAGCACCUGCAGUGAGUGGUGCACACAGCAAUGAACAAUGCAGAUCUGUUUAUGAUGGAAUCCCCUGCAUUUCCUCCCAACCCAGGCCAUAUGCCUGCAGGCCCCAUGAUGUACCCCCCAGGGUUCAAUGUUCCAGAUCCUGGAUUAAUUAAGCAAGAGCCAAUGGAAAGUGUGCAAAAGAAAAAGAGAGGAAGAAAGAAAAAGGAGGAGACUCAAGACAAGAUUACAGAUCACAUGCCCACAAAGAAAAAGAAACGAGACAGAUUUAAUGGCAUGAGUGACGAUGAAGUGAUGAAAAGGGAACUGCCUGACCACUUACAGGAAAAUCUGGAUAUACUCAUAGUUGGUAUUAACCCGGGAUUGUGUGCGGCCUAUGUGGGACAUCAUUACGCCGGACCUGGAAACCAUUUCUGGAAGUGUCUGUUCCUAUCGGGAUUGAUCCCGGAGCAGUUGAAUGCCUACGACGACUACAAACUGGUGAAGUAUGGGAUCGGGUUUACUAACAUUGUAGCCAGGACAACAAGAGGAAGUGCUGAUCUGACAAGGAAAGAAAUAAAAGAAGGAGCUCUUAUAUUACAAGAGAAAAUUAAGAAAUACAAACCAAAGAUAGCAGUAUUUAAUGGAAAAGGUAUUUAUGAAGUUUUUGUUGGCCAUAAGAACUUUGCCUUUGGGAAGCAACCAGAGGCCUUUACAGGAACUGAAACUCUUGUCUAUGUGAUGCCGUCCUCCUCUGCCAGAUGUUCACAACUUCCCAGGGCCAUUGACAAAGUUCCCUUCUACACUGCUCUAAAGAAACUCCGUGACUAUUUACGUGGAGAUCUAGAGAAACUAGAUGACUCUGAAGUCUGUUUUCCUGAUGUCGAACUCAAGGUUGUAAAGAAAGAACCCAAGAAGGAACAGGUUGAUGAAGACUCCAAGAGCAACCCUCCAAUAUUUAGUGACCAACCAGGGGCCAUGAUGCCCCCACAACAAAUGGACCAGAGAAACUUCCCUCAACCAAACAGGCAAAAUAUCUGUCACCCUGGCAAUCCAAAUUUCAUGGGCAUCAAACAAGAGCCAGGAUUUUCUUCGCAAGAGUAUGGUGGACACAUGUCGGGAUGUGCUCAGAAUAACUUCACCAGGGCCAACAUGUCCCCACACCAGAUGUACAGUAACCAGUUCUCUCAAGGUAACUACUCUCCACAGCAAAUGUCUCAACAAGGAGCGAUAGCAUCAAGCAAUCAACAGGGACCAGGGUUCCAGGGCAACUUCCAGUCCGAAGCUUACAGACAGCAGGGCUUCCACCCUAAUCAGACCUUCACCCAGGCCAUGGCCAUGUCCUCACAAAUGACCUUUCAUCAAGGAGGUCAAAACUUUCAAAUGAGUGGUCAGUAUGCUAUGUCAAUGUCGUCGUCUUGGAGCGGACAAGUACAGGUCAAACAAGAGCCACCUGACUGGUCUGCCAACAUUCCAGCUUACAAUAAUUCAAUGCUUCAAGGAAAUGAGGCUCAGACACAAUCAAGCAAUCCACUGCAGAUGUUGGAAAAUCUUAGUCAAGGACUCAAUAGUAACGGCUCUCCUAAUUGCACUGGAAACACUUUAAGUUUGUCCCAGUCACCUAUUCAGUCUAACAGUAACUGUAUUCAAGGUGUUCCUAACAGUUUCUAUGGCAAUCAAAGCUAUCCUCAGGGAAAUGGACUGUCUCAGCCUCAAGGGCAUUAUGGGAAUGCACAAAUGCAUCAUGGGAACAUUCCUGAUGAAGUUCCUCUUCCCCCGAGCCAGAGUCCUAUACACAUUCCUGAUAUUAUACAGGACUUGCCUCCUGCACAUGGGACCGACUCACCUGUCAAUCAAGCUUUUAAGGCCACCCACUCCCUGGGUAGCCCGCCCCCUCAACUUUCCAUUGUCAAAUCAGAGCCAAAAGAUUUUGCCACAGAUACAUCAUGCCCAUUUUCAAAUUAGAAGAUGUACAUGUAGAAUAAUUUAUAAAUUAAGUAUUUUGUACACUAAGUAACGUAGUUUUUGCACUGAUAAUUUUUUUUGUUUAGGCUUAUACACUGACAUUACAAGAUGGAAUAUUGACCAAAUUAUACCAAAUUUGUAGUAUUUUUUCUACAUUGUUUGGCCAAAAAUGUAUUUUCCAUAAGAGUUAUAGAAUGAUAUAGUAUAGUAUUAUACUAUAAAUGGCAAAAUACAUGUGAUUUUUUUUAUACCCUUAGCUAUUUGCGUUUGAGACAUAUUAAAAGACACACUGUUCUGUGCACAUGGUGGGAUAGAGUUGUUAAUGAUCUGGACAUGUGUUCUUUAUUUGAAUACAGUUGUCACAAUAGCAAAAAAAAGAGUCUGAAAUGUUCUAGAAAACUAUAUAAUAUUUAUAU